ACCCCAUCCCCUCUGCCCUUUCUUCUUCCCCUUAUUCCCACACUUUCAAUUCAACAGCUAGGUCGACUUUACUCACAGCCACACCUUCGUCUUUGGAGGUUGGCUUCCCAUUUCUUCAAUCUCAGUUCUUGAAAAAGAUGGCAGACGCUGAGGAUAUUCAGCCACUUGUUUGUGACAAUGGAACUGGAAUGGUGAAGGCUGGCUUUGCUGGUGAUGAUGCUCCGAGGGCAGUUUUCCCCAGUAUUGUUGGUCGUCCCCGACACACCGGUGUCAUGGUUGGGAUGGGCCAAAAAGAUGCCUACGUUGGGGAUGAAGCUCAAUCUAAAAGAGGUAUCCUUACCUUGAAAUAUCCCAUUGAACAUGGUAUAGUCAGUAACUGGGAUGACAUGGAAAAGAUUUGGCAUCACACAUUCUACAAUGAGCUUCGUGUUGCUCCCGAAGAGCACCCUGUGCUUCUUACUGAGGCUCCACUCAACCCAAAGGCUAACAGAGAAAAGAUGACCCAAAUCAUGUUCGAGACAUUCAAUGUGCCUGCCAUGUAUGUUGCCAUCCAGGCCGUUCUCUCGCUCUAUGCUAGUGGACGUACAACUGGUAUUGUGCUGGAUUCUGGUGAUGGUGUGAGUCACACUGUUCCCAUCUAUGAGGGUUAUGCCCUCCCUCAUGCAAUUCUCCGUUUGGACCUUGCUGGUCGUGACCUCACUGAUGCUCUGAUGAAGAUUCUCACUGAAAGAGGUUACAUGUUUACCACUACUGCCGAACGGGAAAUUGUCCGUGACAUGAAGGAGAAGCUGGCAUAUGUUGCUCUUGACUAUGAACAAGAACUUGAGACUGCAAAGAGCAGUUCCUCUAUUGAGAAGAACUACGAACUGCCUGAUGGACAAGUCAUCACCAUCGGAGCUGAGAGAUUCCGUUGCCCAGAAGUUUUAUUCCAGCCAUCGCUCAUCGGCAUGGAAGCUGCUGGAAUCCAUGAAACAACCUACAACUCCAUCAUGAAGUGUGACGUAGAUAUCAGAAAGGAUCUUUAUGGAAACAUCGUUCUCAGUGGUGGUUCAACCAUGUUCCCUGGCAUUGCAGACAGAAUGAGCAAGGAAAUCACAGCCCUUGCUCCUAGCAGCAUGAAGAUCAAGGUUGUUGCUCCACCAGAAAGGAAAUACAGUGUCUGGAUUGGAGGGUCCAUUCUUGCAUCUCUAAGCACCUUCCAGCAGAUGUGGAUUUCAAAGGGCGAAUAUGACGAAUCCGGCCCAUCCAUUGUCCACAGGAAGUGCUUCUGAGCUGGUCAAUUUCUUUGAUGAUGGUGAGUUAUUUCGCUUUAGUUGGCUUUUUUGUGUCAUGUAAUGUUGAACUGAGAUUGGUUGGCGUCAAAGCUAGUGUCAAGGAAGGGGGGUCUGUCUAUUUGAAGGGGGACUGUGUUACCAUUUGUUGUAUCUCAACUCAUUUCAUCCACUAUGAUUCUCCAUAUUCAUACGAUGGCCUGUUGGAAGCUCACAAUUGCUGGUGACCAUCCAGAUUUGGGCAAAAAGAAUCUGUUCUGUUCUGUCAUCUGUGGUUCAACCAUAUCUUUUUAGUAGGAUAUUUGUAGCAGAGGAGUGAUUGUGAUGCUUUUUCUAAAUAUAUAUUUUUUCCAAUUUUCUUUUUGAAGUUUUCCCUGAGAAGAACAUUAAUGUUAAUAUUUAUUGUAUGCGAAAUAUUAGUGUCAGUUUUCGGUCAUAAACUUUCUAUGGAAUUUAAAUCUUUCUACUGCCUUUCGAGCC